AUGACUCAACUCUGCCUCCCCACCACCGUCCAAGAACCACCACCCCCCAAGACAUCGAGAUCGAGCCUUUCAAAAUGGCGGACCCGGUCGACUCGGCGCCUUCCUCUUCCACCCCAGCUGCGACCACCCCAGCUCCCACCCAAUCCACAGGCGAAGCUCCCCCCCUCGCAAUCCCUACCCAUUCGCGACGCAAAAAGCGCCAGCCCCGCACAGCCCGAAACACUACCGCAACCUCAAUCCGCAAAAGAGCAGGGCCAGGACCAGGGAAAGGCCAAGUCCAAGAAUGACGCUGCCGCAGCCUCCGCCGAUGCCUCUGCCGCGCCCGGGGACAAGACCCUCAGCGCAGGCGAAUUGAAGAAGAAAGCCAAGGCAGAAAAGGCCGCCCGGCGCGCGAAGGAGAGACAGGAGCGAGAGAGCGGAGCUGGGGCUGCGGGCAGCUCGGUUCCGGCGGGCCAGCGGGCUCCGAACACGCCGAAGAAAGAUGCUGCUGGUGGCGCGGCUCAGAAGGGCUCGAAGGCUCCGUAUGCGCGGCGCGGAUCGAUGCCUGCGGCCCACGCGGGCGGGGCUGGUGCUGUUGAGCAAAAGCAGAAGAAGAAGGAGGACAAGAGUGUUGCGGUUUUUGGCCACUUGUAUGGGCAGCAGCGCCGGACUACGGUCUCUGGUGCGGCGAAGGAAGUGCACCCUGCGGUGCUGGCUUUGGGGCUGCAAAUGAGGGAUUACGUGGUCUGCGGGAGCAGUGCCCGGUGUGUUGCUACGAUGCUUGCUUUCAAGCGGAUCACUUACCUCUCGACCUGCCGUCCUCUUUCAAUCAGCCAGGGUAAUGCUAUCCGAGCCCUGAAGCUAUCUAUUGCUUCCAUGGACCCCGCCACUCCCGAAUCAGCCGCCAAGGCGACUCUGUGCGAUUUCAUUGACAGUUUCAUCAGAGAGAAGAUUACAGUAGCCGAUCAGGUUAUUGCAGGCAGCGCCGCCCAAAAGAUCCAGAAUGGCGAUGUCAUUGUGACAUUCGCGGGCAGUUCGGUCGUGAAGCAGAGUCUGUUGGCAGCGCACAAGGAAGGAAAGAAGUUCCGUGUUUCAAUCAUCGACUCGCGCCCCCUGUUCGAGGGCAAGAACCUUGCUCGCGCCCUCGCAAAUGCCGGCCUGGACGUGCAGUACUCGCUUGUGCACGGAAUCAGCCACGCGAUCAAAGACGCCACCAAGGUGUUCCUUGGCGCGCACGCCAUGACCAGUAACGGCCGCCUCUACUCACGGGUGGGUACUGCUUUAGUCGCCAUGUCCGCCAAGGAGCGGGCUGGAGGCGUCGAAGUGCCUGUCAUCGUUUGCUGCGAGACCGUCAAGUUCACCGACCGUGUCGCUCUGGACAGUAUCGUGGUGAACGAAAUUGCGGAUGCCGAUGAGCUGGUCGCUGCCAACGAGCCAGAGCAAGUCACCGGCCUACCUGAUCCCGCUGCUGCUCCUCCUGUGCCCGAGACCAACAAGAAGGGUGGGAAAAACGCAGCUCACAUCCCGAAGCCGGAACCAGCACCGGCGACAGCUAACCCUCCCGUGCCCCUCGCUACGUGGAAAGACACACCGAACUUGCAAUUGCUCAAUCUGAUGUACGAUGUUACCCCCGCGGAGUAUGUGGACAUGGUUGUCACGGAGAUGGGUAGCUUGCCGCCCAGUGCUGUCCCUAUCGUGCACCGAAUGAGCACGAAUAUUGUAUCUUCCGCGGGGUGGUCCACUUCAUUUGCGGACCCACCCAAACUGGAGCUCCCCAGUAACUGCGUAAACCUGCACCUUCAGGAAAGUCCUUCCUACCCAAAACUUGAACGUCGCGCAACCUCCCGCAACCUCUCAAAACCUUCCUCCUAUUCCAAUCUCUCCAUUCAACUCAUCCAGACAACUAAAGCUCACCAAAAUGGUAACCCCAAUCCCAACCUUCUCUUCCUAGAAUUCAUCCACUCACCUCACUCCCCAGAGCAAAGACUCCUCCGCAACAUACCUCCACAUGCACCAACCGCGUCUAGCAGACCUCUUCGAAGAAUUCACACGCCCCCACACCUCCCCUCGACCAACCCGCAAACAUCCCAGCAAACCCAGCAAUCCGCCUCCCCCACCGCGAUCCCCUCUUUCCUGCCCGUCGAAGACAUCUACGUCCAGCCCCAGCACCAGCCGCCCAACCCCGAAGACGAAGACGACGUCGUGCCCGACCAGCACGCCGCGUUCGGGAUCACGCGCGCCAUGGAGCGCAGACGCGAGGCCGUGUGGCGCGAUCUGGGACUCGAGGCGCUUGUGAACGGCGAGGGACACGGGGGCGUGCUCCAGCAUACGGGUGUUGGGCCUGCGGCGACGGGGGCGGCGGCGGGGGGGUUUGGGGCCUGCGGCGACACUGCGGUCUGGGUCGGGGGGUGCGGCGGCCGUUGA